AUGUCGGGUCACUCGGAUCAUUCAUCAUCAUCCGAUGAUGCUAUAUCAGAAAAUAAUGAAUAUGACAAGAAAUGUCGUAAAUUGGACUAUUUAAUUGAUUCAGCUGAUGAUGGUAGUGGCGGUGAAACAGAUGAAAGUUAUUCGGUGAUGGUGUACUUCAAGGUAGAACCAUUCACUGGCGUCACUACAGAUUGGAAUGAUAUGCGAUCUUUAUAUUUAAUAGCAGGCAUUCAAUCUUGUAUUGAUAAAGUGAGACUUGUAAGAUUUGGUGAUCAUCUGGAAUGCGGAGUGGGACACCUUAUUGGAGUCGAACCAAUAACCUACGGUUUCGAAGCUUCUUGGAAUUUGAUGAAACUGGAAAUUACAGAUGAACAUGAUAAGCGUCAGAGCGUAAAAAUUUAG